AUGGGUAAGGGUGGAUACUCAAAAGUAUACAAGUUGUGUCCAUUAAAUAAAUAAUCAUUUUAGUAAUAAUAUUAUGCAGGGAAAGUAUAUAAUAAAAAUGAAUUGGCAUAAAAGAAAAAUCUAAAUUGUUUAGCUUAAUUGGUAAAAGCAGAAUGUGAGAUUUUAAAGUAAGUUAAUUCUCCAUUCAUAUUGACAUUAUAUGAAAUUAUCUAAUUAGAUGAAUAAUUAAGUAAAUAUAAUGAGAAUUUUUGAUAGUUUUGAUUACUGAAUUAUUACGUAGUGGAUCAUUGUAUAAAUUAUUAAGAGAGAAAGUAAGGAUUUAAGAGAGUGAGGCUAGUGGCAUUAUUCUUAGAGUUGCAUUAGGACUUUAGGCCAUUCAUAGGUAAGUGAAGUAAAUCUAUUCAGUAUAGGAUAUGUACAUAGAGACAUUAAAUUAGAAAAUAUCUUAAUUGAUAAAGAUUAAAUAAAGAUAAUUGAUUUUGGAUUUGCAGAAUAAAUUAAUAGAGAAGUAUUGACAUCAGGAUAAGGUACUGUUGGUUAUAUGGCUCCAGAGAUUUUUACUCAUAAACCAUAUACUGAAUUAGGAGAUGUAUUUAGUUUAGGAGUUGUUUAUUAUUUAUUAUUAACAGGCAAACCUCCAUUUAAAGGAUUAAAUUAAGAUAAUAUAAUAAGAGCUAAUCAAAAAUGUGAUAUUGAUUUUAGUGAAUAUUGUUUUGUUAAUGUUAGUCAAAAAACUAUACAUUUGGUUAAGGGUAUGUUGUAAAAGAAUCCAAAAUAGAGAAGUUCUCUAAAUGAAGUGUUAUAGAAUCUUAAAAGCUAAAAUUUAUUCUUAGAUAUUGUCUAUAGAUCUAUAUCAAUUGAAGGAUCUCAAUUAACAAAACAUGGAGGAAUGAGAUCACUCUAUUUAUAGAGUCAAUGUUCUUAAGAUUCUCCUAGGAUACAAUAAAAAUAAUCUAAAUUGUUGAAUAUCACAUAAACAUUAGAGAAAUUUGCUGUUAAGACAAGUUCAUUUCGUCCUUCACUUUAAAAUAUUGACAAUUAUACUUUUGAUAGUGAUGAUUUGGAAGACAAUACGUUGCCUCAAUUUGUAUUGGAGUUUCUUCAAAUUUCUAACUUAAUUUUGAAUUAAUCUAAAUUACCUUGAUAAUUAUUUAAUAUGUAAAUAACAUGUAUGUUUUGUGACCAGAAACCCAAUAUGCCUGAAUUGUUAAACAUGGUAGACUAAAAAUAAAUACAGUAAGGCUCUAUAUUCCAGAUAUCAAUCCAAUAAUUCCAAUUUCCAACUUCGAAGUUCCACCAUCAUUAAAUUCCAAGAUUAAGUUUGUUAUGAAGAAAAUGAAGAGUAUUUCAAAUCGUAUAUACUCUAGUUAUUUAGUUUUUACACUCUUCAAAAUUCCAAGAAGAAGCAUAAACAAUUAUUAGAAUAUUAUCGAUAUCAUACCGACAUUCCUAGAUUCUUUAUCAAAAAGAUAACGUCCUUAUUAGAAACACAUCAUGAAAAAAAAAGAGAAAUAAAAUAUAAUAAAAUCAAAUUUCAGUUGGGAAUGUUAGUUAUUCAACCUGAAGAAGAUUAACAUUUCUCAUUUAAAGCACUCUAAGGUUUGACAGAAUUAUAGACUUCAAGAUAAUUAUAGUAGUUACUCAAAUUAAUAUAAUCAAACAAAUAUGAUACAAAGAAUAUAGCAGCUAUUAUCAAAGAAUAAAAAUAGUAAAUGGCUUAACUUAAUAAAAAGGAAUAAUUGAAGAAAAUUUUGAAUAUUGAAAUAUAAUAAACAAUAACUACAAAAAGACCAACAAAUCAUACUUAACCUACUUUACUUACAUAACCUACUUAAUAUACUUCAUUUACUUAACAUACUUAACAUACUUAACCUUCAUAACAUAAUUUAGGUAGUCCUAAAAGUCAUAAAAAUAAAAUGAUAGGAACUGAAAUCUAUGGAAAUGUAGUCAAAAAAGAAUUUUAUAAAAGAUGGUCUGAUGUUUUGAGUCAUAGAUAAUUAGAAUUUCAUAAAAAUAAAAUGAAGUCUAGUUUGCUUAAGAAAAAAAUAUCACUUAAAUGA